AGGCCAUGCAUCCUUAUAUUUGAUUCAUUGGUCGGUCCUGUUCGAAACUCUGGUUCUGUAAUAAAGCUUCUGAGAGAAUAUUUACAAGUAGAGUGGGACAUGAAAAUGAGGGCAGAGCAUGGCAGCCGCAUAUUCAACAAAGAUACCAUGAGAGGAGGUUUCCCAGAGUGUCCGCAGCAGACAAAUUACAGCGAUUGCGGUAUAUACAUCCUACAAUAUGUUCAAAGUUUUUUCACGAACCCAAUUGAAAAUUAUACAUUCCCCAUCAAGUUGGCCAAGUGGUUCGACGAAACCAUUGUAUGCAAAAAAAGAAGUCAGCUACAACAAUUAAUCAUGAAAAUGCAGGUU